CUCGACCAUCGUCAUCCGUGGCAACCUCAAGACGCGCAUCAUCAUCGACGACGACGGCGACGACAACGACGAACUCCAUGUCCACCCAGGCACCGGCCUCCUACUCCGUUCCUUCGACCCCCGCACGUCUCCCGCCAUCGCCCGAGGCGACGCGCUCCACCAAGUCCGUUCGAGUCGCAGCGCCUACGACCCCGCAACGUGUUCCGCGCCAUCGCCAGACGCAGUCCCUUUCGCACUCUCGCCUCCAGCAAUACCGUAUCCCGAACACGCCGUCCUCCCCGUAUACCCCACUCAGCCUGCGCUCCUUCGCGUCUGCCACAUCCUCGGCUAGCUCAGGUUUAGCGACGCCGGGCAGCGUCACAUCGUAUGGCAACUUCAGUUUGAACUCGCCAGAGAUCGAGAGAAAUGCCGCCAAGGACAUGAGCCUGGCAGAUAUCGCGGAGAACUGGCGCAACCGUGCCUGCCAGAAUGGCAUCCGAGUCGAAGGAGGCCGUCUGGUGGACAUGUCGGGCGAUAUGUCUUCAUUCGGUGACGAUGAGGACAGCGAUAGGUCAAUGUCAGAUAUGAGCCACAGCGAGUACGUGCAAGACGAAGUACUCCUUCCUCCUCCCUUCCUGUCCAACCAGCGUCGCAUGCGCCCAAGGGCACAGUCAUUCGCCCCGGUCCCUGUCAACAUGACCCCGGUUGGCCGCGUCCCGCCAUCAUCCCCUGUCGUUAGACGUAGAUUAGGUCAAGAAAUCAACCCCGCCUCGUUGUCCCUCACGUCCACACCUCCUCGCAAUCCCGACGUGGCUCGCCAGCUCCGCAUCAAGGGCAGUCUCACGGACCCGGCUGCGGAUCGCAGGCGCGAGCCGUUUGGCAUUAUCCGGUCCCCCGAAAACUCGUACGCUAUGGACACCUCUUCAUUCAGCCUCUUCGACAUCAAUGAGCAUGAACACGAGCACGAGUACGACCAAGAGCAACAGCAACCCUACAAUGCCAGCGCUCAAGCGCGGUACCGCGACCGUUACAACAGCGGGUAUGAGCCGGUCUUCCCGCAUCUGUCAAUGGACAGCAACCCUUUUGCGCCAGCACGCCUGUCCGACCCCUUUGGCCAGUCUUUGGGAAGCAUUGCAGAGGUCAAUGAGAUGCAGUAUCCUCCGCAGUACCCCGGGCAGGCUCAGGCAGGCUUUGCGAUCCACGACCCCUACUACAACACUUCCGAGAUACCCUAUCAGCCCCCGGUCACCUAUGCGCCACAACCUUCCUACGCAAUCAACAUCCCAGCGCCACAGUACUCUGAUACCCCGCCCCUCACGUCGACACCGCCUCCCAUGGUCAAGUCCAAGCCGUCCAAGCCGACCUCCUGCUCCGUGUGCUCGCGCUCUAACACAUCCACGCUCGCCGUCUUAUCGCCGUGCAAUCAUCCUCUUUGCUCGGCGUGCCUUACCAGCGCCCUCAACAUCGUUGGUGAGAAGGACAUGGAGUGCGCGGUUUGCAAGAAGCCUGUCGCGGACUUCAAAUUGGUCACUCCACCGCGCAACGAUAGCAAGCCUCGCAAGGAGGAGAAUCACACCAAGGGCAAGAGCUUCUUCGAUCCUCUGUUCUCUUCGCCUGGCAGCGUCGCCAGCGGAUACACAGGUCUUGAGAGCGCCUUCGAGAUGGGCUUGUCGCUCGAGGCCACCACCAGCAGCCCGCCUCGCGUCCGCAAGAAGCAGGAGAAUGUGGUCCUGAGGAUCGAUAAUGUUCCCUGGGACAUCACCCCUCCUGCGAUCAGUGCUUGGCUGCAGCAGCCGGUCGUCCGUGCGCAUGUAUUGCUGGAUCGCAAGGGCAAGACGAUGAGCCACGCGUUUGUUGAGCUGCAGACGGAGGACAUUGCGCGUGCUGUCCUGCGCGGCGAGGCGGCGUACGACACGGGCGUGCGCAACGCGCAUGGCAGGUACGAGCGCAGCUCCGUACUUGGCUCUGGCAAGCGCGCUCGUGGGGUCACCGUUACGCGGAGCGGCCAAGAGGAGCUGAUGAGGGCGUUAUUCCCUUCCUGGCAAGGUGGUUUCGAUGGUUCGCGCCCUUCCCUCGCCGGGCUGGACAACGAGGCUGUCAUUCGGGCGCUGGAGACGGGCUUGAUGACGCAACACGAGGUCGCUAGCCUUAUGAACCUGAUCAAGUCUCCUGAGUCGCCCUUCCUCAAAGUGCCUUGCCUGCCCUUCUACUCGCUAGCCGGCAUCCUCAGCAAGUUCCCCUCGGACGUGGAUAGUCGUGUCUUCUGGCCAACGGGGCUUCGGGAUGCGCUUUACGACAUUUCGCUCACUGCUAUCCGUGUGCUACAUGAACGCGCCUCACAGGACAACGCUGCUGGCGCCGCCUAUAGCAAGGAGCUGGUUCUUGACGUCAUGCGCACAGCUGUGGGCUGUCAAGCUUUCACCACCCAACAGCGCAACAAGAUUGGCGAGGUGAUCGCGAGCGUCAAGCGCGAACAAGUUCAGGUCGAGACCCCUUCGCCAAUGUCACCCGCGUCUGAGGCUGUUGUCUUCGAGCCGCCUUCUAUGUCUACGCCGCGCGAGUCGCCUACUCAUACUCCCGCCCCUCACCGAUCCUACGGAGACCUCGCCAAGGAGCUCGGUAUCGAUUCCGAGCUUGUCGCCGCUGUCGCAAACCGUCUUUCAGAAUAUCGCUAAACUCAUGCAUCGUACGAACGUCAUGGACCUCUCGCUCGGCGGAACGAUCUCACGAAAAAACCUCGCUCUUCUACUGUAAUCACGGCCGUCAUCCUGGGGAUGCGCUGGCUGUUCACCGCUGUUUUGCACAUCGCUCGUCGCAUGCUGCUCUCGAAACGCUUCAAUUCUCGUUGUAUAUUGCGGUACUUACACCCUCUCUGGACAUGAGGGUCUUCUCCUUAACACCUCCG